UGAAAAGGAAAUACGUAUAGAAAUGUCGUUUGCUUAUUUCUGUGUAAUUUUCAUACAUUUUGCUGUUUACAGUAUUACCGAAGUGUUUGCUAUUUAUGCAGUCAAAGGAUCAACUGGACAAUUGGUAUGUCCAUACACCAGUAAAGUAAGACUGCGAUGGUUUUUCAAGUUCCCUGGAUUAGCUGAGUUUACAAUUUAUUCAGAAAAUGGGGAAAUAUCACCUCAUUUAGCACCGGAAUUUAAAACAUAGACUGAGUGUAACUGGUAACCAUGCGAUAGGACAAUAUCAUCUGAACAUAUCUAACAUUCAGGAGAGUGAUCAGGGGAUGUAUCAAUGUAUUGAUGAUAAAGUUCAAUCAGAUACACAAGAAUUGAUUGUUAUUGUUGGGCCAACAUAUAUAUCUAUAGAGAAUGUAACUCCAGACAACAGAAUAUCUGGUAUAGAAGGACAUGAUAUGACUAUUAGAUGUACAGCUACAGGAGGUCAGCCAUCACAUGAUAUAAAACUAGUAAUAUUAGGAUAUACUUAUCUUGGCAAACAGUCAGCACAGCACACAUUCAAACCUGUCAGAUCUAAUGAUAGUUCCAAUGUUACAUGUCUAGCAGGAUAUGAAGAGAUCAACAGCUAUCCAUUGUCUACUUCGUCAAAUAUUCAUCUUAUGCUUAAACCAAUAAUAACUCCUUUCUCUCCUGACACCUUGAGAACAGAAGAAACAAAAUAUUUUGAUGUAUCAUGUCAAUCUACUGGAAGUCGCCCUGCUGCUUUAAUCUCCUGGUUACUAGGGCAAGAAGGAACUAAUGUUACAUCAAACUCUACAUCCCAAUCUAACCAAGAAUCAUCAACAGAUAUAUAUAUACUGUGACAUCUAAUUUAAGAUACAGAGUGCACAGAAGAUAUAAUGGACAGAAGCUAAUAUGUAUAGCUAUUAAUGUUGCUGGCUACAUGGAAACAUCUGUAACAUUAAAUG